UUUUAGCGGGCAAAGCAAAAGCAAUCUGACUGCCAAGGUUAAAAUAUACAUCUGGCUGAAAAAGUACAUGCAACCAAUCCCAGAGCACGAGGCGGGAACAAAGUGUGUAAGAGCUGUAAACACCUCCACCCACAUGCUAUCAUUCUUCUUCUCACCGACACUCCCUUCCACAACACUCUACAGCCAGCAGUAGACGAGACCUUGUGCCUGAAGCAGCAAGAAGAUGUCUGCUCCAAAUUUUGCAGCAAAAAGAAUGACCAACAUGGAGCGGGGCAUGAACAUGAAGGAUGAGGGGAAGCUUUUCAAGAGAGAUGGGAUCCUCUACCCCACCAUCAUAAGCCCACCUGAGAACCUGGAUGCCUUGAAGGACCUGCAGGCCCGGGAGGAUGAUGUGAUGCUGGUGGCAUACCCCAAAUGUGGCUGUAACUGGAUGGUGGGAGUGAUGAGGAAAAUUCUGACUGCAUGUGGAUACACCUUUCCUGACAGACCCCACAUUUUUGAGUUCCACUCUCCAGACAUACAGAAGCUUGCAGCCCGGAUGCCGCCACGGCGCUUUUUUGCAACUCACUUGCACCCUGAUAUCAUCCCUGUUUCAUUUAAGACCAAUAAAACAAAGAUGUUGGUGAUGUUUCGGAACCCUAAAGAUACUGUCGUCUCUUAUUUCCAUUUCAUGAACAACAAUCCGGUGCUGCCUAAAGCCGAGUCCUGGGACAAAUUCUUUUCUGAUUUCAUGUCAGGUGAAGUUGCCUGGGGAUCAUAUUUUGACCAUGCCCUAGCCUGGGAAAAACACAUGGACGACCCUAAUGUGUUGGUUGUGACCUAUGAGGAGCUAAAGGAGAACCUGCCUGAGGGUGUAAAGAAAGUGGCAGACUUCUUCAGCUUCCCUCUGACUAAUGAACAGGUCGAGGCGAUUGCCGGAGAGAGCACAUUCAGUGCCAUGCGUACGAGCUCUGAAAAUUCUCAUGGAAAGUUUGGCAAAGUUUUUUUCCGAAAAGGUGAAGUUGGAGACUGGAAGAAGCACUUCAGCGAGGCUCAGAGUAAGCAGAUGGAUGAAGAGUUCAAGAAGAAACUAUCAGGAACCAGACUGGGAGCCAAGCUUAAAUACGAACAGUACUGUCAGUAGUCUGAGGACUUGUUUUUUUAACUGUGAUUUUAACACUCUUGUUCAGAUGAUUAGUAAAUAAAGUGAUUGCUUAUA